AUGGAGCGGGCAUCGGCACCGGGAGCGGCACCGGGAGCGGGACCGGGAGCGGCACCGGGAGAGGCACCGGGACCGGGAGAGGCACCGGGACCAGGAGCGACACCGGGAGCGGCACCGGCACCGGGAGCGGCACCGGGACCGGGAGCGACACCGGGAGCGGGGCGCUGGGCCGCCACCGCCUGCGUGGUGACCGGCGCUUCCCGCGGCUUCGGCCGCAGCCUGUCGCGGCUGCUGGCGCCGCAGCUCGGGCCCGGCUCGGUGCUGCUGCUGCUGGCGCGCUCCGCGGCGGCGCUGGCCGAGCUGGCGGCCGAGCUGCGCGCCGGGGCCACCGGGAGCGACGCCGGGAGUGAGCCCGGCAGCGGCUCCGGCGGCAGCGAGCUGCGGGUGCAGUGCGUGGCCGCUGACCUGGGCUGCGAGGAGGGGCUGCGGAGGGCGGGCGCUGCCCUGCGGGAGCUGCUGCAGGACGCGUCCUUCGGCCGCCUGCUCCUGGUCAACAACGCCGGCUCGCUGGGAGACAUCUCCAAAUCCUUCCUGGACCUCACCGACCUGGAGGAGAUCAACACCUACUUCUCCUUCAACAUCAGCUCGGCGCUCUGCCUGACCUCCACGGCCCUGAGGGCCUUUGGGGCACGGCCUGGCUGCCGCAGGACCGUGGUGAACAUCUCCUCCCUGUGUGCCCUGGAGCCCUUCCCGAGCUGGGCUCUCUACUGCUCCGGGAAGGCUGCCCGGGAUAUGAUGUUCCACGUGCUGGCGCUGGAGGAGCCCGGAGUCCGCGUGCUCAGCUACGCCCCGGGGCCUCUGGACACGGACAUGCAGCUCCUGGCGCGGACCAGGACUGGAGACGCUGGGAUGCGCCAGCACUUCCAGAGGCUGCAGGAGCAGGGGCAGCUCAUCGACAGCUCCGUGUCAGCCCAGAAGCUGCUCCGGCUCCUGCAGGAGGAUUCCUUUCCCUCCGGAGCACACGUGGAUUUCUUUGACAUCUGAGCUCCUCCACCUUUGCCUCCUUGCUUUGCUUCCAGCUCAGCCUUUUCCUGGUGCCUCCUGCAGGACCGUGUUCGAAGCCUGGGAUUUGGGAAGAUUUUAAAACACUCUGUGUGCCUUAUAAACAGCCCUGGUGCCCUCUGGGGCUGGGCAGCAGCUCCUGCUGCUGUGCCCUCACUGGCAGGGCUGGCAUCCCUUUGCUCCCAGGGAUUUGGGAGCAGAGGUCCCCACGGAAUGGCCCUGGAAGGUUCAAACUCAGGAGUCCGUGGGAGCCAAGGGCUGCCUAGCACACGGGGGCUCUGCCAGCCCCGCAGAAGCCACAGCAGGGCUGGGGCUGUGUCCCCUUUGCCCCACGGGAGCCCUUCCUGGCCCUGGGGUGGUGAUGUCCCCGCAGAGCCCGGCUCUGUCCCCUGCUCACCGGGGCUCCCGCUCCUCCUGCGGGGCCGGGCUGCUCUGAAUUCCGCGUUAAGGCGCAGCAGAGCCUCUCCCGCUGCUUUUCCCACCAGCAGCCGCCAGGAGAGGGAGCUGGCCUUGGAGGAGUUGGGAAUUUUGGGAGCCCGGCUGGGGUCAGCAGCUCUCAGAAACCUGAGCAAAGACACAGCCCUGAGUUCCUGCCCUGCUCCCCUUGCAGGUUUUGGGUCCAAACCUUUGGGGUUUCAGCCCCUUCCUUUUAAUUAUUUGUGGGGUUUUUUUGUCAUUUUCCUAUCAGAUUCCAGCAGGCACAGACACACAGAGGCUUUUCCUCUGGAGAGCUGGUGCAGAAAAGUUGUUUUGAAGCCCUGUGUGCCCUGGAAAUGCCCAGUGCCCCUCUGUGCCCCCUCCACCCCAACCCUGCAGCUCAGAUUUUGUCCCCCUGGCUCUCCAAUCAUGAAAAUUCUAAAAUCAUUAAAAUCAUGAAGCGUG